AUGGAUAUUCUAGCAAGAGAUCAUUCAAAUAAUGGAGUUGCCACUGUUUGGUCAUUGGCAACUCUUGGGGCCCCUUACGGUUCACAACAAGGUGCCCAUUAUUCAAAUAAAGGUGGAAUAAAAAAGAAGGAUAUACUUGGUGUUUCUAUACCUGAUACUUGUGAAGCGAUUGAAUUGAAUAGGAAAGAUUUCUCAUUGAGGCACAUAUCCAGUUUGAUGUAUGGUGUCACUAUCUGCUAUAAUAGAAAGACAGAGUAUUUUCUCAACGACAUAACAACUAUACUUUCACAACUUACAAGAACUGUCUCACAAAAUUGGAACAUCGCAAAGAUUAGAGCCCAAAAUGAUCCAAAACAUUUUACUCUGCAAGGUAUUUCAGACUUGAUUCCUACAAGACGUAUGCAAUUCUUUGGAUCGGCUAAUACAUUUCUAAAAGAUGAUAAAAAAUUUGAUAUUCAAGAAAUUCCUUCCUUUGAAGAUUAUAUGAACAACAUUUUAACUUCUACAAGAUGUGGUAAUAAUUUUGAAUCUGCUCUAAUUAGAAGAAACGAUUAUAUAUCGGAAUUAAAUAACUCAAAUUACCCAGGUCGUGAUGUAUUACAAGAUGAUAUUCAUAUAAGUAGAUGGGAUUUUAAUCCAACGUUAGAAGAAAUUCCUAUAGAUAUAGACUUUGAACUAGAUAUUAACGAUGUUGUUAGUCAGGGAGGGUCUUCGGUGAUUACUAGUAAUGUUGGUCAUCCUGAGAUUAGAAGUUUGGAAAUUGAAUCUGGAAGUAAUAAAAACAGCUCGAGAUUUUCACCUUUAAAGUUGUCUGAAUUGCAAGAUAAAGGUCAGUUUGAACCUUCAAGCAUAAAUCUUGGGUUAGGACAAGAAUAUAGCGACAAUGAAAUUACCAAAAUUCAAGUUGGAGAACUUGAUGAGCAAGAGCUACAAUACGAGGUAUCUUCUAAAAGACAAAAAAUAUCUAGUGGUAGAAGUAAAAACUUCAGGACCCCCAUCCUGGUCGACUCACGUACUGGCCUCCCAACUAACGUUUUGAGAAAUUCUCAUGAUAAUUAUGCAAUACUAAUGCAACAAAGUCAUGCAAAGGGAAGGAGCAACGGGAAUAAACGGAAACUUAUACAAUGGGAUAUGUUACUUUUUUCGCAAAAAGAUAUUCCUCUGAUUGAGACCUCUUGGAGAAGUGUCUUUUCUGACUUUAUUUUGGCAGCAGGAGGUCGUGGUCCUGUAUCAAUUGAAAAUGGUAGGAGGGAUGCUACAACACUGUCCUUAAAUCAGAGCAAUAGUGGUAGCAUUAGAAGUACUGAAGUUGGAAGAAGGCAAGGAAAUUUGGACUUUCUUACAAGCCAGUUCCAAAAUAACGAUGAUGAUAGCUUAUUAUUAAAUCUAGAUCAGAUAAAUGAAGAUAUUUUGGAGGAUCAACUAAAUGAUUCUUCUGUGAUACAAAGUGUUCCGCAGAGUAAGAAUUCAGAGGACUUUGUAAAUAUGGAUAUGCAUUUACUUCCAUCAAGUAUAGGUCGUAAUCUCAGUCGUUACUCGACGACUAACAAUUUUAACAGUGAUGGACCAGAUAUUGUUGAUGCGUUGUCUAAGUCAAGAAACCAUGAAAGUUCUGUUCAUAUUGGUGUGUCCGAAACAAGUACAAAGAAACAAACUGAAGACUCAAUAGACAGUGAAAGUGGCAUGUGUUACCGCAGAAAGGACACAGUAUUAAGCGCACAAGCGAGAAGAUUUUAUUUGUUCAUCAAAGAGAGGGCAUCAUUUCAAGGCGUUUCCUCUAAUCUUCACUGCCACUUCGAAAAACAGAUAUCAUUUGAAACUCUUGUUCCAAGCAAAAUCACAAUUGUAAAUGAGCCUGAACAUAAAGUUGUAUCAAAAAGUGUCGUCGCUGGUGCAUUCUUUACUCUUUUGACAUUGGCGUCUCAAGAUGUGAUACAGAUUGAUAUAUUACAAGAAAAAGAAGGAAGGAUACCUGCCGUUAAUACUGGGGAUAAAAUUGAAAUAUUGGUUUAA